GUGGUGGAAGACGGAAUGUGGCGACAGAGAACAGGGUCGCUUCGCGUGUUGCCUGCAGAGGCCGAGACGGCCCAUCCGUUCGCCGCUUCUUCCCUCUUUCCAGAAACUUCUAUCCGCCUCCCUUUCAACCACGCCCGCCCCUUCUUCGCUGGUGCUCACUCCUCACUCCGACGGAGGACAGGAGAAGAAGAAGGGUUGUUGGCAGUGAUCCGUUUCUUGGUCCCGGGUUCUGGUUCAGAUUGGCGACCCAUGGAGAAUGCGGUGUUGAUGGUGAAGGAGGAGGAGGAGGAGGAGGAAGGGGAGGCGAUGGCGGCGCCGCAACCGCUGACGGGGCUCCACGAGGCCGGCCCGACGCCGUUCCUGUCGAAGACGUUCGAUAUGGUGGAGGACCCUGAGACGGACGCGGUGGUGUCGUGGAGCCGCGCCCGGAACAGCUUCAUCGUCUGGGAUUCCCACAAGUUCGCCAUCGCCCUUUUGCCCAAAUACUUCAAGCACAGCAACUUCUCCAGCUUCGUUCGGCAGCUCAAUACCUACGGGUUUCGGAAGGUCGAUCCGGACCGGUGGGAGUUCGCGAACGCCGACUUCUUGGGCGGACGUAAGCACCUCCUUAAGAACAUCAAGCGUCGGCGCGGCGUCGCCCAGAGCUCGGGCCAGCAGCACGGCAGUGGUGCUUGCGUCGAACUGGGGAUGUUCGGGCUCGAGGCCGAGGCGGAUAGGCUGAGGAGGGACCGCAACGUGAUGAUGCUGGAGAUCGUGAAGCUGCGGCAGCGGCAACAGAGCUCUCGGGCGCAGCUCGUCGAGAUGGAGCGGCGGAUGCAAGGCACCGAGAGGAGGCAGCAGCGGACGAUGGCCUUCUUGGCGCGGGCGCUCAAGAGCCCCACCUUCAUCCGCGAGCUCGUGCUGCGAGGGCAGCAGCAGAGGCAGCUUGGCGGCGCAGGUAAGAAGAGAAGAUUGCCGGCGAACCCAAGCUCAGAGGACCUCCUGGAACUCGCCAUCAGCUCGGAGAUUGACAGUGUGUCCUUGUCUUCAACGGAGACCGACGGAGCGACGCCGGAACCAGUCGAUCAGAGCACGGCCGCCAUCAGCGAUCUGAGAUGGGAAGAACUACUCAACGAGAGCAUCCUGAUGGAGGGUGACGAAGAAGAAGGAGAGCACUCCGAGGUGGAGGCGGAGGCGGAGGAUCUGGAAUCGGCUGCAGAGCAACUGGAAUGGGAAGAGGACAUGAAGGAUUUGGUGAUGCAGAUGGAUUCAAUGAACUCGAACCCUUAACACUGGUAUCUUCCUCGUGCACGUAUCUCAGUGCAUGUAGACAUGAUGACAUUAUUAGGUAGUCUAAAAUAUAGUUGGAGAUGCUGAUAGGAUCUAAGUGUUAUUUCAGUUAUAUAUCCUGCGUUUGUCGAGUCCACCAUUGUAAGAAAGUUGGAACCUUUUUAGCUGUGGAUAUUCCUGGAAUCUACAGUUGAUAGUCGUGCUUUGUGGUGUCUA